GAGAGCGCUGUGUAAGAAGGAAGGUGUUACAGAGAUGUCUCGAAUGCUAAGUCCUCUUCUGACGAUCCGUGAGAACGGCCUCGUCUUCAACCUGCUCGGCUCCGACUGCACCGCAUCAGCUUGUGCUGUGGUGCAGUUGUACCUGGCAACUAGAGGAAGAACGUCCGAAUGGCAGAAACACAGCUGUGGAGUCGUCUGUCUGGUUCAGGAUAAAAAACUACAUUCGACAUUUAUACGCCUCUUUUGUGUGAAGAGGGCUAAGCUGCUCUGGGAACAGGAGCUGUUCGCACCCUUCAUUUAUUCGACACCCCGCCCCUUUUUCCACACUUUCCCCAGUGACGAAUGUUGUGCCGGGCUGAACUUCUCUGAUGAGGACGAGGCAAGUCACUUCCACACUGCUGUACAGAACUGCAUCGGUGGUACUAAAGCUCGUCCCGUGUUCAUGCGGACUCACAGUCUGGACUCGACCUCCGGGUGGCUGCUGAGGAAUAAACUGAACUCGUGUCUGUCUCUCACCCGGUCUGCGUCUCCCAAGGAUCCACCGCUCCCUGAGUCAGACGUGACCACUCCUCAAUCCCUGGCACAGAGGAAAGGACCGCUCCCACCCGUCCCUCAUAAGAGAGACACAGGCACGUCUUCUUCCUCUUACUAUGAACACCUUAAUCAGAAGAUUACUAUUCCACUCCCUCCGACCUUCCCGGCACCAAAACUGAACAUUUACCCGACAGCAGUAAAGAAAAGUGCCAGCUUUUCACCAGGAGGAAAUUCUUCUUUAGCCAUUCCGCAAAAAAGUUUGGAAUUUUCUGAUGAUUUAUGAAAUGAAGAUGAAGAAGCAUCUUUUAACAACUCAACAUUAACAGCUCAUCCUGCAUUUAAUUCUUUAAAAUUUUUUUAAGUAUCAUAUUUGUCUUUUAUUUUUUUCUACUUUAUCAUGUUUUG